UGUAAGUAUUGCUGUGGUAGCACAGGAGGAGAAACGAGAAGGUACACGUUCCUUCAUAGAACAAGAUGGAUAGUUUUUUUUGAUGAUCUCGAACACACGGUCGUCUGCUCCCUCGUGGGUUCGUUGAGAAGUUGUAGACAAACUAUAACCACAACUACUAGAUCUAGAAAUACAAGGAAGUAGGGCUUUGACUUUGCUAUAAUAAUUUCAAUAUUCUGCUUUUUCUGCUUUUUCAUAAGCACCACAACUAGAAGACUGCAAGAAGUAAAAUUUAGUUGCAGUAUUCCCACGAAAUUACCAUGGCAUCGUCUACCUCGUCAUCAGCUGGUCCUGGCGGUGCAGCGCCCAUGAAUGUAGAUAGUGAAGCGGGAGCUCCUCCUGCACCAGCAGCGCCAGGAUCUGCAGCAGCUUCGAGCGAUAACGCACCAAAGUUCGAAAUAAAAAAAUGGAAUGCCGUCGGACUGUGGGCGUGGGAUAUCAUCGUCGACAACUGCGCGAUCUGCAGAAACCACAUCAUGGAUCUAUGCAUUGAGUAAAUCAUGAUACACUUCAUCUACUUGCAGAAACCACAUCAUGGAUCUAUGCAUUCAGUAAAUUACACAUUCCUGCUUGUGCUUUCCCUCGUAUCUCUACUACUAGUGCCCCCACUUCUCGUUGUGUUGGUCAUGAUCAUUAUCCUGGAAAUGUCACAAAGAUCCACAAAGAUCCAAAGGACAAAGAUCGACGAAAUGACCAAGAUCGCCAGGCGAACAAGGUGCCCACCGGCACCACUUUCAACGCGUUGGCCUUAGUUGGCGCGGGUGUCGGCGGUUUCUCCCUUCUCUCUCUCGUUUGUGGCUCAAGCCUCCCAACACAGUCAAGGACAAAGCACCACAGGAAAGACCUCAGGAAAACCUACAGACCUAAACGCAUAUGGUUCCAAAAUCAAUGAUCAACAGGCAAAGGGCUUUCAACGGAUUCAGAUAGCAGAGAUAACGAAUGUUCAUAGCUGUAAUCAGGUCCGUCCAUAACGUCUUGUCAGUUCUGACCAGUUCAAAGUGCAUAAAGAGCCGCCAUGUAGGAUGAUCGUACGCGAUCAAUGAUGAUAGCAUAGGCGUUUCCAUAUGAAGCACGUGAAAGCUUCCCCUCAUGAUAUCCCAAUGAAGAAGCUGAGACUUCCUCCCUGCAACCCCAACGAAUAUCCACAGGGAUCAAACCAGCCAGAGGCCAUCAGUCUCAGGCUGUGAGGUCAGUUUGCAUCUAACUCAAGCGUUUCUCACCGAGAAACUACGCGCGACCUAGCAGUCUGUGUUCGAAUGGUCCAGAACGUUGCAUUUACGAACGUUAUCAAAAAAAGCUGUACUUCUGGAACAAGGUGAACAAACUCUCUUUCAGUAGCUGUACAUUCUAUUUUUUUUGUAAUAAACAAGCAACGCAGUAGUUCUGAUCUGGGCAACUCACCAUAACCACAAUUCCACUGGUUCUGGACAUAAUAUUAAAUUUCUCGUCAGGUGCCAAGCCAACCAACACGCAAACCCAGAGGAGUGCACAGUCGCAUGGGGUGUCUGCAAUCAUGCUUUUCAUCUGCACUGUAUUUCCCGGUGGUUGAAAACGCGAAAUGUUUGUCCGCUUGAUAAUGGCGAAUGGGAAUUCCAAAAGUACGGACGAUGA